UGACAUCACUUUCUCAGUUUAUACAUGUACAUUGCACAUACACACAUGCCUGCCAAUCCUGAACAUAAGUUCGUGUAGUCAAUGCGUAAAGCCGGUUCAGUUGAAGACAAACAGCGAAUCAGUGCAGAGCUAUUUACAAAAAUUCGUUUUACAUUAAAAUGUCCGGAAAAAGCGUGGGAGACAAUAAAAACAAUACAAAGGACGCACCGAAAAGCGAUGAAGAAAAAUUUGAAGUAGACAAGAAACUGUGCGGUUUAGUGGAGAAGCAUCCGCAGCUGUAUAAUACAGAUCACAGGGAAUAUCUUAGGAGAGACAUUACCUCUGCAACUUGGAAGGCAAUAGCCGCAUCAUGUAGUGAUACAGCGGAUAAUUGCAAGACACGUUGGCAAAAAAUACGUAGCCAGUAUAAACGAUGGCUUGAGAAGGGAAAUAAGGCUGGUAAACCAUUUAAAUUAGCUAAAUAUGUGGAAUUCGUAAGGCCGUAUUUAAAUAAUGCGGAUAGACAAACAGCAGUGGGCGUGGCAAAUGAAGUCGAAAUCGAAAAAACUGAUGUUAAAAAUGUCGUAGGCGAUAAUAAAGAUUUACCUCAACUAACGGGUGGCAUGCAAAAAAUGAAACUAGAUCAGAAGAGUGAAACACCCAAGAAAACUAUCCAAAAAGGUGGGACAUCAGCAGUGGACGUCGCAAAUAAAGUCAAAAUCGAAACAAUUGUUGUUAAAAAUGUCGUAACCGUUAAUAAAGAUUUACCUCAAUUAACGGCUGGCAUGAGUGAAACACCCAAGAAGAAUAUCCAAAAACCCAAAACCACCACCCCAAAAGGUGCGACAUCAGCAGUGGGCGUGGCAAAUAAAGAGAGUGAAACACCCAAGAAGAAUAUCCAAAAACCCAAAACCACCACCCCAAAAGGUGCGACAUCAACAGUGGGCGUGGCAAAUAAAGAGAGCGAAACACCCAAGAAAAAUAUCCAAAAACCCAAAACCACCACCCCUAAAGGUGGGACCACCGUUUAUAAUAUUACCAUAAACAAUACCCCCUAGAUCUGACACUAACAUUAGCAAUGUGAGCGCACAUCGCUUACGCUUGAAAGUGUUUCCAAUUCUUGUUUUUUUUUUUGUAAAUCGUAAAAUGUAAUAAAAUGUAUACAAAAUUUCUGUACAUCACGUGUGUACACCUAAUUUUGGCAUAAUAUUUAUACCAUUGAGAUUUAUUCACUUAAUAAAUAAACAAAUAAAAUUAA